ACAGCUUCCUCACACGGCGAAGAUAAAAUAUCAUAGCCAAGACCUUAACCUUGGUUAAACUAAUAGAAAUCAGAUGCAAAAAUGUCGCAUAAUAGUAAAUAAAUACACUGAAAAUAUUGCAAAUAUGAUAUUAUGAUAUGAUAUAUUAUAUUAUUAUAUUGUUGCUUACGUGUUAUAAGAAUGUCUUACAGUCACUUCACAGAUGAUCUAUUGGGAAAUCAUACCAUGCGCAAUAGAUGCACUCACCCAGAUAAAAUUACGCCUAUGGAGCGCGUAAAUACGCAAGUUAAGACUUUGUCAACUCGGCUAAAGUACCUUUCACGUUAUGUGAUACAACAAAAACAUCAGUUAAAUUCAGCAUUGGCAAAGAUCACUGCUCUUGAGGAACAGUUAUCUGCUCAUUUGUCAAAGUGUACACUACCGUGUACAAAACGAUCUAUAGGCUGUCAGGUAUCGCCAAAAUCAAAACCUUCAGUUACUCUGUCAUCAAGUAGAAAGCAUUCAGUCACUUUAUCGCCUAACAUGAGUGAUGUCUCUUCUUCUUCUUCAAGCAAAUCCUUUAAUGGCACAAUACAAUGGCUUCAAACAACAUCCAAUUCAGUGGACGAGGACAGACCAAAAAUGUCUAACAAACUGGAGAUUAAAAAAUGUCAGGCUGUUAACUCACUUUCCUCUCAAAGAUUGAAAACUCCUGUAGCAAAGAAAAGACGACGUUCGUCAGUUCUACCUCCUUCACUUCGUAAAGUGAAGAAAGUUGCAAGAACAAUGUCAAAUAAAUCUGCUGAAAGGAAUUAAAUCCUCCCUUCAACUUCGAGAAUAUAGGUCAUUCUUCAUCAGGCAAUCAACCCUAUUUUGGUACCAACAAUCCUUUGGGCUAUUGUAGCUCAUUUUGAACCAGCAUUUUUUAUUGUUAACGUUUGCAUUUUAUUUUGUGUAUAUAUAGAGAGAUCUACAACACAAGUGAUUUUAUUUCACUUGAUGAUUAUUAUUUCCUUACUGCCUUUUGUUAUACUAAGAGAACAGAUUAAACUAUUUUUGUGAUCACAGUAAUCUGUUAUUUCUUUUAAAUGAAUGAAUGAGUGGAGUUGAUCCAGUUGUUUAGUGUUCAUUUGGAUGUGUGUGUGUGUGCAUCUGUUUCUG